AUGGCUGGCCGGCACCCACGAGACUCCCGACGAAGGAGGACCGUUUUGAAUCCGAGUCAAAGGGAUGCUCUGCAAGCAUUGUUUCAACAGAACCCCUACCCCGGGAUCGCCACCAGAGAACGACUGGCCCAAGAAAUUGACAUUCCGGAAGCCAGAGUCCAGAUUUGGUUUCAAAACAAAGAAGGCAGGAGACAGCGGACACGCAUCACUCCAUCGCAAACCAGGAUCCUCGUUCAAAACUUCGAGAAGAACCGAUUUCCCGGCAUUGCUGCCAGGGAAGAACUGGCCAGACUAACAGGCAUCCCAGAGUCGAGAAUUCAGGUAUGGUUUCAGAACCGAAGAGCUCGGCACCCAGAGCAGACCAGGAGUGGACCCGUGAAAGCCUUGAUGCAAGGCCCCAAUGCCAGGCCUCCUCCGGCUGCUCUGCAGGACCAAAGAAUAUGCCAGGAGCACAAUGAGCACACUGGCAUGGCAGCGCUGCCCUUCCAAGACUCCCCUCAGCCUGACCCUGACAAUCCUAAGCAACAGUUGCAGGAUCUGGCUCAGCCAGGCACAUCCCACGCUAUGCAGCAGUGGGGCGAGGGGCCUCAGGUUGUCACGGCCAGAGAGGAGCCUCAGGAAAGGGCAGUUCUGCAGCCUGCGCACACUGACACACACGUGUGGCAGCAGCAGGUGUUAUCGGCCAAAGAGCCCGCUCCUGCGCCAGGCCAACAGCACCAGCGCUCUGCAGAAACCUCCAGCCUCUUAGAUGAACUCCUCGCAGAUGCAGAGGUUCAGGAAAAGGCACAACCUUUUCUGAAUGGGGAUCUGCAGGCAGAGGAGCCUCCAGGAACACCGGAAGAACUUCUCAGCAGAGAAGAAUUUCAGGCUCUGCUCGACAUGCUGCAAUGCUCACCAGGGCCUCCGAUUUAG